UUGAUUUGAACUAUUGCCCAACAGUAGUAGUAUUAGUAGUAGUAUUUCUUGGCACUAAAUCUCUCUUUUUUCAGUGUAUCAAUCUCAACACAGUCAGUCAGUCAGUCAGUCAGUGAAUUGGACUAUUUUUAAGGAAGGUUUAAUCUCCUGUUCGGAAAUCCUUCGUUUUGUUAGUUUUAACCCCUGUCUACACUAGCAGUUCCGAGUCUGUUUCCCACAUGAAUUCCGCCGCUCCUUCCGAACAUUUAUUCGAAACGACAUUCAUUCCCCCUCCUCACCCAACACUGAACUCUAACUCCCACCCACACCAGCAACAACACCACCAACAAGCCCUACAGCAUCAACAGUCCCUAUUGCCAGCACAAGGCCAGAACGGAAACAGGAACUUGGCCACCUCCGCCGCGACCGCACAACCAACACCACCUGAAUUCGAGGUCACUCAAAAUCCCCAGUUGCAACUGCCCCCCAACAGUUCCUGUAGUAUAUCGCCACCACAACAACAACACACUAUACCACCACGACCUCAUAUUACACUACCCAUAUCGACCAGUAAUUUCCAUCUCAGCAACAACAACAAUAACAAUGUCGCCCGCGAUAUCACACCGCCCGCGACAUCAGCUGCAAUUCUUCAUCAUACCGAAAACAACUUCACCCAGCUGACCUCCCGCGACGAAGCACAAAGAGGUCAAAUAGCACCGCUGACACUGCCCCCAAUUUUGACGCGACAGACCCACAAUUCUGGCAUUUCUUCCGGAUUCCCUACUCUGAAUUUCCCCCUCGCUUUCCCUCAGGGACUGGAAUUUCGGCACUCGGCAUCUCCCUUAGACUCGAAUCAAAACGGUUCUUAUUUUGCCCAAUACUCGUCGGGAGUUGCCACUUCGAUCGCGACAUCUUCAAGUGCGAAUAAUUCAGUUCAAAAUUCAGAGAUCAGCAGCAAGUUUGAACACACGGAGGGAUUGUCUUUCACAGAUUUGCAUCAGAUAAACCUUCAAAAUUUAACUAACAAGAAUUCGAACCCUUUGAAUCGAUCAUGUUCGAGGAAGAGAUCCCACGGACAGACAGUUUCACAAGAGCAGGAUCAUUCAGCAGUCACUUUGAGCAGCCUGAGCAGACAAGAAGGAGUGAAGCAGGUAACUCCCCCCAUGAACAGUCCCCCUACAGCAGCAGCAGCAGCUGUAGAUGGGAACACAUACAUGGACGCAUCCCAGAUGGGCCACUACAGCUUGAACGACUUCAUCAACUCCGCAUCGGGAGCUCACAACGGCCUCUACCCUCCUCUUGUGCCCUGCAAUCCUUCUCAGACAUUGGAACUCAAAUUAGGCUCCCCUCCCCCCUCCUCAAACCACUUUGCCCCCCACUUCACAACCAACAACACACCCCCAGAGAAAAUAUCUUCCUCUGGUGCUCCCAUUAUGAGUGAGGAAGAGAAGGCCUCCUCUUUCCUUCAUAACUCCUUCGUGCCACAGUCUGGCUACUCAGUUCCCAUCCCGGGUGGAUUCGACAGUGAGUCCAUGACCAACUGGAUCCAGAACACCAUAUCCCAGACACACUUGCACCAACAACAAGUGUCUGCUGUGAAAAACGCAGCUGCAGUUGCAGGAUCCGCCUUGGGAGGGACAACAUUCGAAGAUGCCGAAAUCGAACUUUACAAAAACUCAGGUAUGCUCCUGCCUUCGAAUGGACUUUUGGCCCAAAAUCCGAACACAAGUCCAGCUCAAUACAGAUUAUCACCUGCAGGAUUAUGCAACAAAGGUUCCGGGCAAAUCCAACUGUGGCAAUUUCUGCUUGAACUUCUUAGUGAGACUAAGAAUUCCAGCUGCAUUGCUUGGGAGGGGACUAAUGGGGAGUUCAAAAUUACAGACCCCGAUGAGGUUGCAAGACGGUGGGGAGAACGGAAAAGCAAGCCCAACAUGAACUACGACAAAAUGUCACGGGCACUGCGUUACUACUAUGACAAAAACAUAAUGACCAAAAUACACGGAAAAAGAUACGCAUAUAAAUUUGACUUCAAUGGUCUGGCGCAAGCUCAAGCAGCCGCUGCUGGAGAUCCCGGAUACCGCUACCCGGCCGAGAUCCCAUUUUUCAGCCCUGGUUCUACCGGUUACCACCAAGCCAGUCGGUUUUUCCACAGCCCCACUGCAGCUAUGAUAAAUGGGUCGACCGGAGGUGUUGGCUUUGGAGCACAUCCCGGGGCAUGCUAUUGGCCAGCAGCAACUGGACCAACUUCCAGCAUGUAUAUUGCAGCUGCCACUGGAGCUCACCCGAACGGCAACGGAGCUCACGGAACACACGGAGCCUAUUCUCCACAUAGCGCAGUGGCAAUGUCGGCAUUUGCAAACUCGCAGUAUUUCAACCCUUACUCUAUGUAAACUGUAUAUUUAGAUGAUACUGAUAAUUGUGUACAUGUACAAAACAAAUUUAGAUAUAAUAUUAUUUUCCAA